CCAUUUUUUCUCUGAGAAAUUCUGAAACUCUCAAAAACUCAAACACAGAAAAAAAAAAAAAAAAAAAAUUAAGGAUGAGAAAAAUGGAGUCUUGGCAGAGCAAUAAGGCGGUCAUUUUGAUGAUGGGGGUGCUUUUGGUGAGCUUAGUGGGGCGAAUCGAGUCGCUAUCGGUGACGGUGAACGACAUCGAAUGCGUGUACGAGUACGUGCUCUACGAAGACGACACCGUUUCGGGGAACUUCGUUGUCGUCGACCAUGAUAUUUUCUGGUCAAACGAUCAUCCGGGUCUCGAUUUGAUUGUGACAUCUCCUGGGGGUAAUACAGUGCACACUUCAAAGGGAACAUCUGGAGAUAAGUUUGAGUUUAAGGCCCCAAGGAGUGGAAUGUACAAGUUCUGCUUCCACAAUCCCUACUCAACUCCAGAAACGGUUUCUUUCCAUAUACAUGUCGGCCAUAUUCCAUCUGAGCACAACAUCGCCAAGGAUGAGCAUCUAGACCCUAUCAAUGUGAAGAUAGCUGAGCUUAGAGAGGCAUUGGAGUCGGUUACUUUGGAGCAAAAGUACUUGAAAGCACGUGAUACUCGGCAUCGCCAUACAAAUGAGAGCACACGAAAGCGUGUUGUGUUCUACACACUUGGAGAAUACUUGAUGCUAGUUGCUGCAAGUGGUCUACAAAUUGUAUACAUCCGCCGCCUCUUCAGCAAAUCAAUCGGAUAUAAUCGGGUUUAGUUGAUAGGUUCAUGUACUCUAACAGGAUGUCCCUUAUAUAUCAUUAUCUCCCAGAUGGCUUUUGUGUAACAUUUGUGUAACUUAUGAUAGUGUUAUAUUGUUCUUCCCAACUAUCAUUUGCAUUGA